AUGAAGGACUUGGUCACAAAGAAAAGAGCUGUAAGUAUUGAUUUAACUGACAAUGUUCAUCACUGCAGUGCUAUUGCUACCAGGUGUAUGGUACAAAAGAAGGAGGAUCCGGGUGCUUUUACCAUACCGUGCACUAUCGGAUCAAUUGAAUUUGCAAAGGCCUUGUGUGAUCUAGGGACCAGUAUCAACUUGAUGUCGCUAGCCAUCUAUAAGCAACUGGGGUUAGGAGUUCCAAAACCCACAACCAUGAGGUUGAUGAUGGCAGAUAGGUCAGUGAAGCGACCUUUAGGCAUUCUAUGUAAUGUGCUCGUGAAGGUGGACACAUUCAUCUUUCUGGCAGACUUCGUGAUCUUGGAUUGCAAAGUGGAUUUCGAGGUUCCCAUUAUUUUGGGAAGGCCAUUUCUGGCCAUGAGACGAGCAUUGGUAGAUGUUGAGCGAGGAGAACUAAAGUUCAGACUCAACAAAGAAAAGGUAAAGUUUAAUAUUUGCAGGUCCAUGAAGAAGCCACAUGAUAUGAAUCUUGUGUCUGCAAUAGCGGUCUUUGAUGAAGAAGAAAUGGGAGCAAAAAUUGAAGAGAGGAUGGCCGUUGAAACCUUAGUUGCAGUGCUGAUGAACUUUGAAGCUGACUUCUGGUCUGACUAUGUAGAGAUCGUGAAUGCUUUGCAGGGUAUGGGAGCACACUCUUAUGCUCCAAAGAAGUUGGACCUGGAUCUGAAAAAUAGGCCAAUUCCUCCAGCAAAACCAUCCAUUGAGGAGCCACCUGUGCUGGAACUGAAACAGUUACCCAAUCACCUGAGGUAUGUAUUUUUGAGAACUAACAACACUUUACCUGUGAUUUUGGCUGCAGAUUUGAAUGAUGAACAAGUUCAAGUUGUGAUCAAAGUGUUGAUUAGGUAA